GUACUUAUAGUUAGCUCACGCAGCGAAUUUGUAUCAGUCGUGAUUUGGCUCUGUCAGCGAAAGGAACAACCAUUUGUUGUGCCACACACAACCGCGAAUAAUAUAAUCGAAUCAAAUUUCAACUACCUCAUUUUGCAAAAUCGGUGAACUUUUAUAAAAGAAAAUUUUAGUGAAAUCUCUCUACCUCAAAGUACAAAAGUGCGUAAAGGAAAUUGUUCAUAUCCCUGAAAGUGCACAAAUUGCUCAAAUGAAAUCUGUUGUUUAAAAAACUGAAGUUACAAAACUACUAAGGCGCAUAUUAAGUGUUUGCUGAGUGGAGGGGAAAAUUGCGCGAGCAUAAAAUUACAAGCACAGAAAAAAUUUAUAGAUGUCCAUAUCAAUGCUUCAAGACGCACAAACGCGAACCUUAGCUGCUGCAUUAGCUGGCAUAAAACAAGAGGACGUCGCUCUGGACCGUUCCAUGUCGCUUUCACCUCCCAUGUCGGCCAACACAUCAGCUACAAGCGCCGCUGCGAUGUACCCAGCUAUGGGUCUCCAACAGGCGGCAGCUGCCUCAGCUUUCGGAAUGCUCUCACCCACCCAACUUCUGGCUGCAAACCGUCAGGCUGCCGCAUUCAUGGCCCAACUGCCCAUGAGCACAUUGGCGAACACUCUCUUUCCACACAAUCCGGCGGCCUUGUUUGGGGCUUGGGCUGCCCAACAGUCGCUCCCGCCCCAGGGCACGCAUUUACAUUCGCCGCCAGCCAGCCCGCACUCGCCGCUGUCUACGCCUUUAGGAAGUGGCAAACAUCCUUUAAAUUCACCUAACAGCACGCCCCAGCACCAUGAGCCAGCGAAGAAGGCUCGAAAGUUGUCGGUUAAGAAGGAGUUCCAGACCGAGAUCAGCAUGAGUGUAAACGAUCUAUACCACACACCGGGAGGCCCCAUAUCUCCGCCUUCCAGUGGCAGCUCGCCCAAUUCCACGCACGACGGAGCGGGUGGCAAUGCUGGCGGUGUUUCUGUCUCCAAGGAUCCAUCUCGCGACAAAAGCUUCACCUGCAAAAUCUGCUCACGCAGCUUUGGCUAUAAGCACGUGCUUCAGAACCACGAACGCACCCACACCGGAGAGAAGCCUUUCGAAUGCCCGGAGUGCCACAAACGGUUUACCCGUGACCAUCACUUAAAAACCCACAUGCGUCUGCAUACUGGAGAGAAGCCAUAUCAUUGCUCGCACUGCGAUCGUCAAUUCGUUCAGGUGGCCAAUCUUAGAAGACAUUUGCGAGUCCACACUGGAGAGCGUCCCUAUACGUGUGAAAUCUGCGAUGGCAAAUUCAGUGACUCCAAUCAGCUGAAGUCCCACAUGCUGGUCCACAACGGCGAAAAGCCGUUCGAGUGCGAACGCUGCCACAUGAAGUUCCGACGGCGCCACCAUCUAAUGAAUCAUAAGUGUGGCAUUCAGUCGCCGCCUACUCCAGCUCUGUCACCAGCCAUGAGUGGAGAUUACCCCAUGGCAGUCUCAGCAAUGGCUAUCGACUCAUCCACGAAUAAAUUUGCGGCAAUGUGUGCCAACUAUGGAGGUUCCGAUGAGUCGGUCGACAUGGAAAAAGCGACAACGGAAGACGAUGGUCCAUUGGAUUUGUCUGAGGAUGGAGCCAGCUCUGUGGAUGGCCAUUGCAGCAGCAUCGCACGACGCAAGGCACAGGACAUUCGACGAGUGUUCCGCCUACCUCCACCGCAAAUCCCUCACGUACCCAGUGAUAUGCCUGAGCAAACCGAGCCAGAGGAUUUGAGCAUGCAUUCGCCCCGCUCUAUCGGAUCUCACGAGCAAACCGAUGAUAUAGACUUGUAUGAUUUGGAUGAUGCCGCUGCUCCUUAUAUGGGCCAUCAACAACAUUAGGCCAGUACCAUACCGAAUUGUACAUAGCCAUAAUCAUUUUUCAUUAGAUGAAAUUGACUGGCAUUUAUUAAAACAAAAUUUAAAAUUUUGAUAUUUCGAAGUGGGAAGUAAAAAUUGUUGCAACAGGAAUUUAAUAAUAAGUACAAGUUAAAAAAAAUCACAAUACAUACGAGACUAGAAAAAGAUUAGCGCAUACACAAAAAAAAAAACUCAAAAAUUGUACAAAGUAAGCCAUGCCAUAUGCUUGUUGCCGCCAAACCCCACCAAAUCAAAUCGAAAAUGUCGUGCCAUUC